GAGUUGGGAUUUCGCACGCACAGGUGCUAGAGCUUGGCAGCUCGUGAGAGCUAAAUGUGAUUGGAUCAUAAUCUGUAAAAAAAAAUAAGUAUCUUUAAGACUGACAGUAUUGGCAACUGGCAAAACAUGCUAACCUGUCACAUUCGAAUGGGCAGUUGGUGGGACCAAUCAAAAAACAGGACCAAGUGAAAAUACGGGACAAAACAUGAUUUUAUCUUAAUAAGCCGGGACACCUGAAAACGGACUGAAAUACAGGACUGUCACGGGAAAACGGGACGUCUGAUAACCUCUUAUGCCCACAACAACGAUGGAGCAGUAGACCAAAAAUGCGAGAGGAGACAAAUUCAUCAACAGGAGAUCGAUCAAUUUGUGUUGAAUGCUAUAGGAAGAUCGAACUCACCAAGUUCCCAGACAUGACAAACUGUAUAUGUGGAUGCGGUAUUUGAUGUUGUUGCUUUGUGUGAUACUUGUUAUAAGUGGCUUUGUGCUGCUUGGGCUUGGUGCAUGGAUCAGAUAUGGAGCAGCUACUUUUGUUGAUAUUCUUGGCCCCUACUCUGCUCAGCUCCUCUACAUCAGUUACAUCUGCAUGGGCAUGGGCUCAGCGCUGUCUUUCACUGGUCUCAUCGGCUGCUGUGGGGCUUGGACAGAGAACCGGGUUUUCAUUUUGCUGUUUUUUUUCAUUGUGACAAUGCUGUUUGUUGCUGAAAUCAUUGGGACUAUCUUUGUUUUGGCAUACCAGGAUCUGGUGACCUUAGUGGUACGAGAUGCCAGCAGAAAUUCCCUGAAGACUGUAUAUAUGGGCCCAGCAGCAACAGACCCCAUCUCAACAGCAUGGAACACAGUCAUGAUCCAGUUCAAAUGCUGUGGCUUUGAGAACUCAACUGUAGAUUUCAAGGGCUCUGUAUUCAGUAAAGCCACGGGUUUAAACUACCCUAAGACGUGCUGUGUGAACAAGACUGUGGCAGACUGUGACGGUGUCUCCAUCACUCCAACCCUGAUCCAAUCACAGAGUUGCUUUGUUCAGGUCAUCACAGUGAUCAGGGAGCAGAGCAUAAUCCUGGGAUCAGCAGCUGCCUGCAUAUGUAUACUGGAGGAUGCUAAGCUGUUUCAAUGGAGCCUGGUUAGCAUGGAAGUUAGCAUUACAUCAACAUCCACAGAUGAUGUGGUCUUGAUUACAUUUAUCACUGGCCUCUCCCACCUGGACAAGAGAAAUCCCUGUGUGAGAAAGCUGUUCAUCUACUACAGCUCAGUGUUCAACAUCCUAGUGACCUCCAAAAUCACAUAGCUAUGAACC